AUGUCUGCUAAACCAUCAAAUUCAGCAGAAAAAGUGAGUGCACGUGGUGCAGCAUAUGAACGUGCCAAUAUUGCACGUGAUCCAACUACUGGAGAAGCAUUCAUACCGGGUUCACAACGACCUGAUGGAACAUGGAGAAAGCCAAUACGUGUACGUAAAGAUUAUAUUCCACAAGAUGAAAUACCUGUUUAUCAAUCAAUGGGACAACAAACACAGGUGGAAGUUAAAAAAAGAAUUGAAAAUGGAAAUCUUAUUCCUGGAAUGGUUUUAACAGAAGAAGAGAAACUUUUACGUGCUAAAAAAUUAGCAAAAGAAGAAAAACAAUUACGAAAUCAAAUGACUAAAUUAACAACACAAACACCAGAAGAUAAUAAAAUAAAAGAAAUUAAAAAAAUUCAGAAAUUAUUAAAAGAAAUUAAUGGUUUAGAGAAACGUUAUGAACAAGAUCAAUCAAGCUUAGAUAAAGAUCAAAUAGCUAAAAUGAAAAGAAAAGAUGAACUUGAAAAAAGACUUGAAGAAUUAAAUGACCAGGAUUCAUAA